CAUUUAAAUGCCAUUCGAGGCAGAAUAAAGACUCGCUGGCAUGUAAAGCUGCAGAAGUAGAGGAGAGGCAGGCAGACAGGCAGUAGGAGCGUUAUUCGCAGCGGUAUUUUUCGCAUUUGCCCCCUUUUUGUGGAGCUCCCUCCCGGUGCGCCGCUCGUCACGCAGGAGCCCAGCUGCCCUCCAGUCUCGCCGUGCACUCCGGCCCCCGUGUGACACACGGCGCAGCGCUCAGCCCACGGCGGACACGCUGCACCUUUUCAAAACUGCGCCUUGCACAUCUUAAGUGAACAUUUAAAAAUGAUUAAGCUCUUUUCGCUGAAGCAGCAGAAGAAAGACGAGGAAUCGGCGGGAGGAACUAGAGCUGGAGCCGGGGGCAAGAAGGCGAGUGCGGCCCAGCUCCGGAUACAGAAAGAUAUAAAUGAGCUCAACCUCCCAAAAACCUGUGAGAUUGUGUUCCCUGAUCAGGAUGAUCUACUGAAUUUCAAACUCAUCAUCUCUCCAGAUGAGGGAUUUUACAAAGGUGGACGGUUUGUCUUCAGCUUUAAGGUGGGACAAGGAUAUCCACAUGAUCCUCCGAAAGUGAAGUGUGAGACCAUGGUGUACCAUCCCAACAUUGACCUGGAAGGCAACGUCUGCUUGAAUAUCUUGAGAGAAGACUGGAAACCUGUGUUGACGAUUAACUCCAUCAUCUACGGAUUACAGUAUCUGUUUUUGGAACCCAACCCAGAAGAUCCCCUGAAUAAAGACGCAGCAGAGGUCCUUCAGACAAACAGGAGGCUGUUUGAGCAGAAUGUACAGAGAUCACUGAGGGGUGGAUAUGUUGGGGCGACUUACUUUGAACGAUGUCUUAAAUAAUCCUCAGGUUCUCCUAAUAUAUAAAUAUAUAUAUAUAAAUGGCCAAUUUACCCAGACUUACUGACGGAGCAGACGAAUCACUGUGUGGGCGAGGGAAGGACAUGCAGACAGUCAAAUGCUUCUUUUGGAAAUUUAAAAUGGCAAACGUCACCACACUGAAAUCCAUGGCUCGCUGAGGUCAACCUGAUUCACUCUCCAGAUAUGGACUGAUGUACAUUUCCCAUACAAACACACAUUUAUAGACACAGGUGAAAGAACGUAGGCUCAGAACACUGUACAGGCUCAAUGGAACACUGAUAUUCACACUGGACAGGCACACAAGGCAAGAUGCACGUACAAAAAGAGAACCAUUCAUAUACAAGCUGACUGAGGAAUCACAUAGUUGUGCAAAUAGGGCUAUGUUAUCGGGAAGGGGGUGAAAUCUUCAUGUGUAGUAGGAUUUUUUUGGGAGGGGUUACUUGUUUUGAUGGGGGCUUAAAAAUGUUAGUGCUAUGGUGUAUAUUAAAAUCCUAGCUGUUCACAGCUGAUGACUGCGAUAUAAUUACAUUGAAUAUUAUAAACAUUAAUUAUAAUUAUAGUAAAAUUAAUGCAAACCAACAACUUAUAUUUGAGGAUGGACAAAUACAAAUAAAGUAUUUUUUUUUUAAGAAACGUCAGUCAGUGUCAGUGAAUUAAGUAUUUAUCUUAUUUCUUGUCAGUUUAUAAUGUAGAUAAAAAAUAACUACCAGUUUUUGCUCUUUAAUUGUUUAAGUGCCUGCAUAAUGACAAGAAAAUGGCUGGGGACCUGUGUCUCACCAUACGUUUUGUACAGCCUGUGAUCUUCACAAACUUUAACACUUCAUGCCCUGUAACCCAUCAUGACGCUCUUCAGAUACAUUUUUGAUUUCAUCAAAUAAAAGCAUUGGCAAACGGA